AUGGAGAAUGUGACGAAGGGAACAAUGAUGACAAAGCUGAUGACUCGAACAACAACGGUAACGGCAAUGGCAAAGGGUAACGGCAAUGGCAAUGACGACCGUAACGGCAAUGGCAACGGCAAGAGUAACGGCAAUGGUAAUGACGACCGUAACGGCAAUGGCAACGGCAACGGUAACGGCAAUGGCAAUGACGACCGUAACGGCAAUGAAAACGGCAACGGUAACGGCAAUGGCAACGGUAACGGCAAUGGCAAUGACGACGGUAAGGGCAAUGGCAACGGCAAGGGUAACGGCAAUGGCAAUGACGACCGUAACGGCAAGGGCAACGGCAAGGGUAACGGCAAUGGCAAUGACGACGGUAACGGCAAUGGCAACGGCAACGGUAACGGCAAUGGCAAUGACGACGGUAACGGCAAUGGUAACGGUAACGGCAAUGGCAACGGCAACGGUAACGACAAUGGCAAUGGUAACGGCAAUGGCAAUGACGACCGUAACGGCAAUGACAACGGCAAGGGUAACGGCAAUGGCAAUGACGACGGUAACGGCAAUGGCAACGGCAAGGGUAACGGCAAUGGCAAUGACGACCGUAACGGCAAUGGCAACGGCAAGAGUAACGGCAAUGGCAAUGACGACCGUAACGGCAAUGGCAACGGCAACGGUAACGGCAAUGGCAAACACGACCGUAACGGCAAUGGUAACGGCAACGGUAACGGCAAUGGCAACGGUAACGGCAAUGGCAAUGACGACGGUAACGGCAAUGGCAACGGCAAGGGUAACGGCAAUGGCAAUGACGACCGUAACGGCAAUGGCAACGGCAAGGGUAACGGCAAUGGCAAUGACGACCGUAACGGCAAUGGCAACGGCAACGGUAACGGCAAUGGCAAUGACGACGGUAACGGCAAUGGUGACGGUAACGGCAAUGGCAACGGCAAGGGUAACGACAAUGGCAAUGGUAACGGCAAUGGCAAUGACGACCGUAACGGCAAUGGCAACGGCAAGGGUAACGGCAAUGGCAAUGACGACGGUAACGGCAAUGGCAACGGCAAGGGUAACGGCAAUGGCAAUGACGACCGUAACGGCAAUGGCAACGGCAGGGGUAACGGCAAUGGCAAUGACGACCGUAACGGCAAGGGCAACGGCAAGGGUAACGGCAAUGGCAAUGACGACCGUAACGGCAAUGGGAACGGCAACGGCAAUGGCAACGGCAACGGUAACGGCAACGGCAACGGUAACGGCAACGGCAAUGGCAAUGACGACGGUAACGGCAAUGGCAAGGGUAACGGCAAUGGCAACGGCAAGAGUAACGGCGAUGGCAAUGACGACCGUAACGGCAAUGGCAACGGCAACGGUAACAGCAAUGGCAUAGGUAACGGCGAUGGCAAUUACGACGGUAACGGCAAUGACAAUGGCAACGGCAACGGUAACGGCAAUGGCAAUGACGACGUUAACGGCAAUGGCAACGGCAAGGGUAACGGCAACGGCAAUGGCAAUGACGACGGUAACGGCAAUGGCAAGGGUAACGGCAAUGGCAACGGCAAGAGUAACGGCGAUGGCAAUGACGACCGUAACGGCAAUGGCAACGGCAACGGUAACAGCAAUGGCAUAGGUAACGGCGAUGGCAAUUACGACGGUAACGGCAAUGACAACGGCAACGGUAACGACAAUGGCAAUGACGACCGUAACGGCAAUGGCAACGGCAAGGGUAACGGCAAUGGCAAUAACGACCGUAACGGCAAGGGUAACGGCAACGGCAAUGGCAAUGGCAACGGCAACGGUAACGGCAAUGGCAAUGACGACGGUAACGGCAAUGGCAAGGGUAACGGCAAUGGCAACGGCAAGAGUAACGGCAAUGGCAAUGACGACCGUAACGGCAAAGGGAACGGCAACGGUAACGGCAAUGGCAAUGACGACCGUAACGGCAAUGGCAACGGCAACGGUAACGGCAAUGGUAAUGACGACCGUAACGGCAAUGGUAACGGCAACGGUAAUGGCAAUGGCAAUGACGACCGUUACGGCAAUGGCAACGGCAAGGGUAACGGCAAUGGCAAUGACGACCGUAACGGCAAUGGCAACGGCAACGGUAACGGCAAUGGCAAUGACGACAGUAACGGCAAUGGCAAUGGCAACGGUUACGGCAACGGCAACGGCAACGGUAACGGCAAUGGCAAUGACGACCGUAACGGCAAUGGUAACGGCAAGGGUAACGGCAAUGGCAAUGACGACCGUAACGGCAAUGGCAACGGCAAGGGUAACGGCAAUGGCAAUGACGACGGUAACGGCAAGGGUAACGGCAAUGGUAACGGCAACGGUAACGGCAAUGGCAAUAUAAACGGCGAUGGCAAUGACGACCGUAACGGCAAUGGCAACGGCAAUGGCAACGGCAAGGGUAACGGCAAUGGCAAUGACGACGGUUACGGGAAUGGCAAGGGUAACGGCAAUGGCAACGGCAAGGGUAACGGCAAUGGCAACAGCAACGGCAAUGGCAAUGACGACGGUAACGGCAAUGGCAACGACAAGGGUAACGGCAAUGGCAAUGACGACGGUAACGGCAGUGGCAACGGCAAUGGCAAUGACGACCGUAACGGCAAUGGCAACGGCAACGGCAAUGGCAAUGGCGGCAGGUAACGGCAACGUUAACUGCGGUCGAACAAAUGCUCUUCCAGCGCAUCUUUCUAAAUGUGAAGCAGUUUCCGAGCGAGCGUAAUCAUGAAUGAAUGUCUUGCAAUCUUGAAUAAAUACUUUUCCCUAUCUUU